AUGGCUACAAAGACUGACAAUAUUGAAGAAGAAGAAGAAAUAUCAAAGAUGGAACAAGGUCAUCCCACCUCAAAUAAAUCUGAAACUGAUCAAUUAUCCAUUCUUUGUUCUUCAACUUCUGUAGUAACCACAGUGCAAAAGCUGAUUGCUGAGUUUAUUGGUACUUACUUCAUAAUAUUUGCCGGUUGCGGUUCUGUGGCUGUGAACAAAAUCUACGGAUCGGUCACAUUUCCAGGCGUUUGUGUAACAUGGGGUCUAAUUGUGAUGGUCAUGAUCUAUUCAGUUGGCCAUAUUUCUGGGGCUCAUUUCAAUCCAGCUGUUACCAUCACCUUUGCAAUUUUUCGUAGAAUCCCAUUUAAGCAGGUUCCAGUGUACGUUGCAGGUCAGCUAAUGGGAUCAAUUCUUGCGAGUGCCACAUUAGCCUUGGUGCUUGAUGUAACUCCUUCAGCUUAUUUUGGAACUGUACCAGUUGGCUCCAAUGCCCAAUCUUUUUCUGUAGAAAUCAUCAUCUCCUUCCUCUUGAUGUUCGUGAUUUCCGGCGCCACCACUGAUAAUAGAGCGGUGGGAGAACUAGGAGGAAUAGCUGUUGGAAUGACUAUUAUGCUGAAUGUCUUUGUGGCUGGGCCAAUUUCUGGAGCUUCAAUGAACCCUGCAAGGAGCAUCGGGCCAGCACUCGUUAAACAUGUUUACAAGGGACUUUGGUUAUACAUAUUUGGACCAAUCAUUGGAGCUAUAGCUGGAGCGUUCAUCUAUAACCUAAUGAGAUUUACAGACAAAUCUCUUCGUGACUUAACCAUGAGAAGCAACUAACUCUUUCUUCAUCAGCAUCUCCAAUAAUUAAUAACUAUUCUUUGUUUAGUUCAUUUUUGUAUCAUUUAC